AGCUUCAUUCCGCUUCCGGUUGGCCGGGCGCUUCAGCGAAGUUGUCGCUACCUUGGUCGCGAUGGGCAAGUCAGAUUUCCUUACCCCUAAGGCCAUCGCCAACAGGAUCAAAUCCAAGGGGCUUCAGAAGUUGCGCUGGUAUUGCCAGAUGUGCCAGAAGCAGUGCCGGGACGAGAAUGGCUUUAAGUGUCAUUGUAUGUCCGAAUCUCACCAGAGACAACUACUGUUGGCUUCAGAAAAUCCUCAGCAGUUUAUGGAUUACUUCUCCGAGGAAUUCCGAAAUGACUUUCUAGAACUUCUCAGGAGACGCUUUGGCACUAAGAGAGUCCACAACAACAUCGUGUACAAUGAGUACAUCAGCCACCGGGAGCACAUCCACAUGAACGCCACCCAGUGGGAGACUCUGACUGAUUUUACCAAGUGGCUGGGCAGAGAAGGCUUGUGCAAGGUGGAUGAGACGCCGAAGGGCUGGUAUAUUCAGUAUAUCGACAGGGACCCAGAAACUAUCCGCCGGCAACUGGAACUGGAGAAGAAGAAGAAGCAGGACCUUGAUGAUGAAGAGAAGACAGCCAAGUUUAUUGAAGAACAAGUGAGAAGAGGUCUGGAAGGGAAAGAACAGGAGGCUCCUGUUUUUACGGAAUUAAGCAGAGAAAAUGAUGAAGAAAAAGUUACAUUCAAUUUGAAUAAAGGAGCAUGUAGUUCAGCAGCAACAUCAUCCAAAUCAAGCUCCUUGGGACCGAGCGCGUUGAAGACAGUCGGGAAUGCGGCAUCAGUUAAGCGAAAAGAAUCUUCCCAGAGCACAGCUCGAUCAAAAGAAAAGAAAAAAAAGAAAUCCGCGCUCGAUGAAAUCAUGGAGAUCGAGGAGGAAAGGAAAAGAAGUACCCGAACAGACUAUUGGCUACAGCCUGAAAUCAUUGUGAAAAUUAUAACCAAAAAACUCGGAGAGAAAUAUCAUAAGAGAAAAGGUGUUGUUAAGGAAGUAAUUGACAAAUACACAGCUGUCGUCAAGAUGAUCGACUCGGGAGACAAGCUGAAACUUGACCAGACUCAUUUAGAAACAGUAAUUCCAGCACCAGGAAAAAGAAUUCUCGUUUUAAACGGAGGCUACAGAGGAAAUGAAGGUACCUUAGAAUCCAUCAAUGAGAAGACUUUUUCAGCUACCAUAGUCAUUGAAACUGGAAACCAUUCGGAUUGAUAUUUAUGAAAAGCUUUGAAGAUAGGCUACAGGAGUCCUGAAGAUGAUUGGAAGAUAGGGGCCCUGCGACACCCCAGCUGAGAUUUACGGUGACGACCUACUCCUCUCUACAGAAUUACGUUCUGAUCAAUCCCUACUGGGUUGCAGAAUGCUCCAAAGAAUAAGCAAGCGUAAUACAGGCAAUUGUCAGGUUGUUUUCCUUUAUUGCUGAGAGCACAAUACUUUCAGAAACUAAUCAAGAGGUAAACAGUGGAAGAAUCUCUUCCUUUCCACUGAUCCCUAGUAAUUUGGUUCCUUCAUUUGAAAUUCAAAAUGGAGUAUCCAUUUGUAACUCAAAAUUAAUUUUAUAGAGAAGGCAUAUUUCUGGUCUCAAUGGGGACGCAUGGACAGCAUUAAUACAAUUUUAGUUGCCUUAUUCAAAACGCCAGCUAUUAAUGAAAGUUUUGGUAAUUGAAUAACAUGGAUUUGACUUUAAAUCUAGUUUUGCAGAACUGUGUCGUUCAGCAUCCUGCACGUAAAUAUACAGCCUAAGAUCUUCAUUGUUAUUUUUAGAGCUACAGAGCACAUGUAAAAUACUAGGAAUCAGACUAAAAAUAUAUCUAAAGAUAGUAGUUUUAAAGUCUAAAUUCUUGCCAAGUAGCAGAGUUAAGUGUGAGAACCUACUUUUGAAGUUUGUGUUACAUAUUAGCAUUUUAAGAUCAGUAUUUUUGAAGUAGAAAACGGAAAACAUGGAGUAGACUUUUAAUGUACCAUAGGUGCCACAGAUAAAACUAAAAGGCAGUGACAUUUACCUCUUCAGCACUGAGCUUACCUAUGGAUUCUAGAAAUAUCACAUUUCCUUGCUAUUUUACAAUUAGACCAAAAGACAAAAACUUGAUUUUGUAAAUACAGGUUGAGUGUGUAAAAAGAGGCAGUUUUGUGUACUUUCUAAAGUAAAAAUAACUUUUACCAAAUUAUGGAGAGAAAGCUUCAUAAAAAUGGACGUGUAGGGGCGCCUGGGUGGCUCUGUCGGUUAAGCGUCCGACUUCAGCUCAGGUCAUGAUCUCGCGGUUCGUGGGUUCGAGCCCCGUGUCGGGCUCUGUGCUGACAGCUGGGAACCUGAGGCCUGCUUCAGAUUCUGUGUCUCCCUCUCUCUCUCUGCCUAUCCCCUGCUUGUUCUCUGUCUCUGCCUC